AUAUAUGAACAUAGAUCGUGACUUUUCAUCCAACGAUUUGUUGAAUAUUCAUAUUAUCUUGUUUAUAUUAAAAUAACAAGAAAGACGUUGACCUUCAUUGCUUCCAGUUCCAAGAAACCUAUUAAGAUUUUCACAUGCUCUUAAUGGGCAAAGCCAAUUAUAAAAUUGUAUUAGAGAAAGUGGAUCAGCAAUGGCGACUGUUCAUCUCAGCUCAUCCUCCCUCUUCAUACAAUUCAAAGGAAGAAGAUACAACUCUAUAUCCACUGUCAAGAGUCUUCAAAAACGCAACGUUUUGUCUAUCUCAUCUGCUCUCACGUCACGAGGCGGAGACAUGGUUACACCACACGGUAAAGGCAAUGAUCACAACUCCUCCAUCUUUGACUUCAAGUCAUAUAUGAUCCUUAAAGCGGAAUCUGUGAACGCUGCUCUAGACGUUUGCGUACCGCUUAUGAAACCCCUCACGAUCCAAGAGGCGGUGCGGUACUCAUUGCUGGCUGGUGGAAAACGUGUGAGGCCUCUUCUAUGUAUUGCUGCCUGCGAGCUCGUGGGUGGCGACGAGGCUACUGCCAUGUCGGCAGCUUGUGCGGUGGAGAUGAUACACACUAGCUCUCUGAUUCAUGAUGACCUUCCCUGCAUGGAUAAUGCUGAUCUCCGCAGAGGCAAGCCAACCAACCACAAGUUAUUUGGAGAAGACAUGGCGGUUUUGGCGGGUGAUGCACUUCUUGCUUUGGCUUUUGAAAACAUGACGGUUGUGUCAAGUGGUUUGGUCGCUCCUGAUAGGAUGGUUCGCGCGGUAAUUGAGCUGGCAAAGGCCAUAGGGACAAAAGGGCUUGUGGCUGGGCAAGUGGUUGACCUACGCAGCGAGAGAAUAAGUCCUGAAGACGCUGGAAUGGAGCGUCUAGAGUUCAUCCACCUUCACAAAACAGCUGCAUUGUUGGAGGCAGCUGCGGUUAUAGGGGUUAUAAUGGGAGGCGGAACGGAGGAAGAGAUCGAGAGGCUUAGAAAGUAUGCGAGAUGUAUUGGGCUGUUGUUCCAAGUGGUUGAUGAUAUUCUUGACGUAACAAAAUCUACCGAGGAAUUGGGUAAAAGCGCCGGGAAAGACGUCAUGGCUGGGAAACUGACGUAUCCUAGGUUGAUUGGUUUGGAGAAAUCUAGGGAACUUGCGGAGACAUUGAGCAGAGAAGCAAAGGAACAGCUUCAAGGGUUUGAUUCGAAUAAGGCGGCGCCACUGGUGGGUCUGGCUAGCUACAUUGCUAGCAGACACAACUGAUCUUUUGCAAUAAUUGAUCUUACCUCAAUGUAUCUAAUGUCCAAAGUCCAAACAAGUCCGUUUUGUUCGCUUUCUGGUCUUCUUUCUUAAACUAUUUAUGUUGUGACUUCUCUGUGUUUUCAGGUCGUAAUUUGUCUUUUGAGAUCUUAAUGUCAUGUCUCAACAAAUAUCAUGCGCACAUGGGAACAAAGCAAGUGGGUAUACUAAGAACGAGGUUAUAUAUGUGGAUUCCCCGUUUAAAUGAUCGUCUGACGUUUGUAUAUAAUUUAUGUUUUAGGCUUUAGCUACAUGAGUCGUUGGGUUGUAUCUCUGUGUGUGAUCACUGAUUAGUUAAAAUCACAGUAUUUGUAUUUGUGAAGUUAAAUUCUCUUUUAAGUACCCUUGUUUUGUAUUUAAUUAGUACCUAUGCUUUUAGACGAGAGACUUUGUCUAAUCUUCAUAUUCAAAUUUCAGCUAAUUUUAAGUAUGCUCCUUGUUUUUUUUUUGUCUUAAACUCUAUCUAAAUGAGGAAACAUACACUAAUAUGAAAGGGAUGAAAGAGAACAACUGAAAGCAAGGUUCCUUAUUUCCCACGGCAAUGGGUUAUAUCAUGACUUUUAAGUCAAAAACUUAGAAUCUUCAGAUUUAAACUCGGUUCGAGGAAGAAGAGUGCAGAUUAGGGGAUGAGCCAUGGUCAAGGACAAUCCUUCAAGAGUCUCUUCCAUGCUAACUGUUUUAUCUCCACUGAUUAUCCAGUCAGAGCACUGCACCAUCAU